ACACUUUAAAAAUGGACUACCUGGUACCGUGCCUGGUAUUCUCGUGGCUGUUCUACCUCUGGGAUACCUACCUGCAAUGGAGACAGCGUCGAGUGUUCCACAGCGUGAGUCACGUGCCUCCUGAGCUGAACUCUCUGCUUGACGAGUCCACGUUCGAUAAGUCUCGGGUCUACCAGUUGGACAAGAGCUCUUACGGCCUCGUCCAUGAUCUUUUCAAGCAGGUUGAGCUAAUGGUGAUAUUAGCAGUCGGUGGUAUCCCUUUGCUGUGGAGUCUCUCUGGCUGGAUCACUGCCUCUCUGCUGGGACUGGGACCAGAGUAUGAGGUAGGGGGUAUGGGUAUGUAGUCUGGGAAUUAGUCCUGGGCCAGCUCUCUCAGAGUAUGGUGUUCGUGGAGCUCCUAUUGCUGUACUCCACACUCACUGGCCUUCCUUGGAGUAUUUACUCCACCUUUUUCCUGGAGGAUCGCCAUGGUUUCAACAAACAGACGCCAGUGUUCUUUAUCAAGGACCAGACAAAGAGUCUUGUUCUCCAGCUACUAAUCGUUCCUCCCAUUGUCCUUGGACUACUCUACACCAUUCAGCUGGGUGGCCAAGCAUUCUUCAUAUAUUCCUGGCUCUUCCUUGCAGCCAUCACCUUUCUGUUUGUGACGGUGUAUCAGGAGUUCAUAGCUCCUCUCUUUGACAAGUUCUCACCUCUGCCUGAGGGGGCGCUGCACACCAGCAUCCUCAGUCUCACCUCUUCGCUCUCCUUCCCUCUGAAGAAGAUUCAGGUGGUGGAGGGCUCCAAGAGGUCUGCCCAUAGUAAUGCAUAUUUAUAUGGGUUCUGGUGGAAUAAGGUUAUUGUCAUCUUUGACACUCUAUUGGAGCCAGGGCUGUUGGGGAGGAAGGAGGGAGAGGGAGAGGAGGAAAAGGAAGAACCUCCUGAUAAAGAAGGCCAGAAGGUGAAGGGUUGCAGUGAGGAGGAAGUUAUGGCAGUUCUGGCACAUGAGCUGGGUCAUUGGUCUCUCAGCCAUACUCUGAAACUACUGGCAGUGUCCCAGCUCAACCUCCUGCUUUCUCUCUCCAUGUUUGCUUUCUUUAUCGAGCAACAAGAUGUCUAUUCCAGCUUUGGUUUCCAUGACAGCCGGCCCACCAUCAUUGGAAUUAUCCUUGUGUUCCAGCUCAUCUUCAUGCCCUACAACGAGGCGGUGCAGUUUGCUCUGGUUCAGGUGGUACGCAGGUUUGAGUACCAAGCUGAUGGCUAUGCUCGUCAGCUGGGCCGGGGGGCAGCUCUGAGAUCAGCUCUCACCAAACUCAGCAAAGACAACCUGUCGUUCCCUGUGGCCGACUCUCUCUACUCAGCCUUCCACCACACCCACCCAACCUUCCUAGAAAGGAUAAAGAGACUUCCGAAACUGGACUAGUCAUGUUUAGUUAUAUGUCAACAUUGUAAAUUUUCACAUUUCUAUUGGUUGGCAAGCAACAUGAUUAAAUUCUCGCUCACUCGUGAGCAAAUUUUA